AUGGCAGACUCCAAGGACAACAAGGCGUAUAAAUAUCGCCAGGAAAUCAGCCAGAUGAUGUACGUUUCUGGCGAGACUGGCGAGCCCUCUGUCGAAACCACAAGCAUUAUAGAAGACAUUGUGCGCCAGCAAGUCAUAGAAUUGCUUCGCAACUGCACAGAGCUCGCCUCGCGACGCGGCUCGAAAUCCAUAUCCACCAACGACCUCAUCUUCCAGAUCCGCCACGACCAGGCCAAGGUCUCGCGCCUCCGCACCUUUCUCUCCUGGAAGGACGUCCGCAAAAACGUCAAGGACUCGGAGGACAAGGGCGCCGACGCGGACCUCGGCGCCGCGGGAGACGAGGCCGUCGUCCCCGGCGGCCCCGUCGACGAGGCCGCCAAGAAGAACAAAAAGGCCAAGGUCGGCCUGCCGUGGGAGCCGGCGUCCUUCUACUCGGUCGAGGUGCCCGAGCGCGACGACGAGGAGGACGAGGAGGAAGAGGAGAUGAACUACAUCACGCUGCAGCGGCUGCGCAAGGCCGACGAGCGCACAAAGGCCAUGACCAAGGAGGAGUACGUGACGUGGUCCGAGUACCGGCAGGCCAGCUUCACCUGGCGCAAGGGAAAGCGGUUCCGGGAGUGGGCCGGCUUCGGCAUCGUGACGGACAGCAAGCCCUCGGACGACAUUGUGGACAUCCUGGGCUUCCUGACCUUUGAGAUGGUCGCCACCCUGACCGAGGUGGCGUUGAAGGUCAAGGAGCAGGAGGACACGGCCAGGGCCCAGAGCGGCGCCGACAACGCCGGCGCCAAGAAGAGGAAGCUCCAGCAGGGCCUGUUCGAUCCGCCCAGCGAGGGCAAGACGCCCGUAGAGCCCAGGCACGUCCAGGAGGCGUUUAGACGCUUCCAGGAGCGGCCCAAGAAGGGGCGGGCCAUGCUGAACGGCACGAGGACGAUGCAGAAGACGCCUCUAAAUAUCAUCUGA